AGGUCAUCCAAAAUGGCGCGAAGUUUCUGAAUGUUCGUGCAGCACACAGGAGGACUCACCGCUUGUCUGUACGUUUGAAGGAUUUACACGUAAUAACCAUGGCGAUCCCGAUCAACAUGAGGAGCCUGACGUGUGUGGAGUAUCCUGGGCGUGUCAAGAACGUGGACAAGAUGUUAGAAACACUUGGUGGAGAGGAAAACGUCUCAAAGGCUGCCUGUGACUCUAGCCGUCGGCUUGACCUGCGGUUCCGGCCGGGUGACCCGUACUGCCGCCCCGUGUACGGUGACAGGUUCCCAACGUCCAGUCUGCUGCUCAGGGUCACCAGGAGGAGGAGGGUUAGGAAAAAUAGAACAAAAGGGUCUGAUGAAGAUGCUGCACCAGGCAGUUCCUCCACAGUUACCAAGGAGACACCAGCUCCCUCUGCAGUAACCAUGGAAACUCCAGCUCCUUCCACAGUAACCAUGGAAACACAAGCUCCUUCCACAUCUGCUUCUACUACAAGCCCUCCUGAAGAGGAGAGGGUGACAUACAACACAGAAGUGCUGGGGAUAGUGGAUACUACAUACAGGUUCCAAGCCAUGGCAGAUUUCCAGUACCUCCCCCUACACCGUACCCCUGACGGCAGGACCGUCCAGUUAUAUGACCAGCUGUUGUUAGGUGGUCUGGAGGGGGGAGACUUCUAUCAGAAGGAUGUCCCCCUGUUCGUCCCCCCUGCCACGUUCUCACGGAUCGACACGCCACAAAACUACCACUACAAGAAGGACCCUACCCACAACUUCAAAAACCCCAUGAAGGCCCUCUCGUCCAGUAACCUGAUCGGGGUAGCCCGGGCCCGCAGGCCUCACAACGCUAUCUUCGUCAACUUUGAGGAGCUGCAUGUCCCGACUAAACCACUAGAUGGCGCUGUUGUCCACAUGGACAAGUACAAUCUUCAUGGUGAACUGGAGGAGUUAACAAAGUUGUUCCAGGAGCGCCCGAUCUGGUCGCGAAACGCACUGCAGGUUCGGAGCGGGAUCCGGCUGAUGCGACUGAAGCUACUUCUGCCGCUCUGCGGUUACUACGCCGUCACCGGGCCAUGGAGGUCACUCUGGGUCAAGUUCGGCUACGACCCGCGCAAGGACCCGACCGCCAAGCAGUAUCAGCUUCUGGACUUCAGGGUCAGACAAAAACCCGAAGCCAAAGGUCUCCUUGUGAAAGCCAAACGGAGCACCUUUAACUACACCCUGCCCACCAUGACUCACAAGCCUCAACCUCAGGUUGUGAUGAUGAAAGACUUUGCAGACAGCCCAGGAGCCGGGUCCAGUGGGGAGGGGGAGAGACAGGAUGGCAGGACUAAGGAGGACUUGGAGAAGGAGUCGACAUACCUGUUCCGUCCCGGGAUGCUGCCCGCGUACCGUCAGAUGUUCUACCAGCUGUGUGACCUCCACGACCCCAGAAUUCAGGCGCUGGUUCACGAGAACGACGGGAAAGAGACAACCUGUAUGGAGAAGGACGGCUGGUGUCUGCCAAACACGAAGGCCAAACUACGAGACAUUAUCUCUGCAGAAGUCAGCAAGAUAUCCAAGAUGAAACACAAAGAUAAGAAGGGGAGAGGAGUGAGAUCAGGAGCUGGUCCUGAUGUGAGGGGGGAGGAGGAGGAAGAAGACGAUGAUGACAAUGAUGAAGAUGAUGAUGAUGACAUGUCAGACUCUGAGGUUGAUCCUGACCAGCAGGUCGCACAAGACAGCGACAAUGAGAUGGAAACAGAGAUGCUGGAGUUCUUAUAAAAACUCUUAUCUGUAAAAAGAUAUUUAUUACAUCGCUGAUCAUGAAGGAUAGGCAUCCAUAUACAAGAACCUACAAAACAUGGAGCUUCCAUCCAUACAAUGAUUGUACCAAAGGGUUGACACCAGUAUUAAAUCUCCACAAACCAUGAAGUAACUGAGUCAUAUUUACUAGCAUGUGAGUGCUGCAUUAAGCUUCAUGAUAGAUUUUAUCUGUAAAAGCACAUGCCCAACUCAAGUACAAUUUGUAUAAUGCUAGUUCACCUCUAUGGCGUAACCUAUAUCGGUAUCAUUUUAGAACAGUAUGUAGGGAUAUCAAGUCAAGGGAUGGUGGUUUCAAAUUGUAAUAGUUUCAACAAAAUAUUGCUGUUUAAAACCACAGCCUGUCAACUUGACAUCCUUGAAUUUUGUUUUUAAAUACAUAUAGGUUACCCAGAAGAUAAA